AUGUCGCAAGAUAUUGCCGCUCACGGAACGAAUGAUACGUCUGCCGUCACCCUCAACCAGGCCCCUACUCCGGAGGCCGGCCCAAGUCGGACGAGUGCGAACGACGAGAAACGGACCGCAGAGAACGUCGUCUCGAAUACUGGGGAUGCGGAAGACGAAGGCCAUGGGCAGACGCCCUCUGUCCGUUCACGUAACACGUGGAAGAGCGUUGGCCUGGUCACGACGUGUACGUUUGCCAUGAUGGCCAACGCGUCUGCCAACACCAGUGCAUCCAUCGCAUUCCCUACUAUUGGGGCCAAACUGCAUAUACCCGAAGCUCGCCUGCAAUGGAUCGCCUCCGCGUACUCCUUGAGCAGCGGCUGCUUGCUACUCUUCUUCGGGCGAUUAGCUGAUCUGUACGGUCGGAAACGCGCUUUCCUAGCUGGGUCGCUGUGCAUGGUCGCCUUCAGCAUCGGAUGUGCGCUCGCGAAAGACGAGAUUACGCUCGAUGUCCUUCGUGGGCUCCAAGGUUGCGGUGCUGCCGCCACUAUCCCUGCUUCUCUUGGUAUCCUCGCACACGCUUUUCCGCCAUCCCGGGCGCGCACGCUCGCCUUCGCCACCUUCUCCGCCGGCUCGCCCAUCGGUGCCGCUUUCGGCAUGAUCAUCGGCGGCGUUCUCACCCAAUUGACAACCCCGACAUGGCGGAGCACGUUCUGGUUCAGCACCGCGUUCGCGGCUGUGUGUCUCGUCGGCGGGUUCUUCUUCAUCGACCCUGAUCUGCCCAGUACCGAGAGUGACCGGAGGGUUGAUUGGAUCGGCGCCCUCUUGGCUACUGCCGGCUUGGUCUUAAUCGUGUUUGUUCUGAGCGAUGGCGAGCUGGCGCCUGAUGAAUGGAAGACGUCUUAUAUCAUCGCCUUCCUCAUCCUAGGCGUAGCACUUAUCGUCGCUUUCCUCUUAUGGCAAAGAUACCUCGAGCGCGUGGCAGACAAUCCCGAUCCGUCAAAGUCUCAUGCCCGCAAUCGCUGGACGCCGCCGCCGCUUAUGCGUGUCAGCUUAUGGGGUCGUGCGCACGGCAAGUUCGCCGCGAUGCAGUUCGUGGCGUUCCUCAACUGGGCCUGCUUCAUCGCCCUGCAAUUCUGGAUCCAGCUGUAUUACCAGUCAUACGUCGGCUUGAGUCCGAUCCUGACCAUGGUGCGACUCUUGCCGAUGUUCGUGACAGGCGUCAUCUGCAACGUCUUCGUCGCGCUGCUCAUCGGCCGCGUGGACGUGAUCUUCCUCGUCGUCACCGGCACCGUCCUCACCAGCUGUGGCGCGCUCCUCUUUGCGGUCAUCGUCCCCUCCGCACCGUACUGGGCCUUCGGCUUCCCCUCCGCCGUCAUCUCCGUCUUCGGCGCCGACUUCGUCUUCGCCUCCGGCACGCUCUUCGUCGCGAAAGUCGCGCUCCCGCACGAGCAGUCGCUCGCCGGCGCGCUGUUCCAGACGAUGACCCAGCUCGGGACCGCGUUUGGGCUGACGAUUUCGACGAUCGUGUUUAAUCGCGUAUUGAAGCGCGAGUCGAGGGAGAGGGGGGUUAAUACAAGCGGGGUGGACGCGUCGGCGGCGCCGAGGCCGGCGCAAUUGGAGGCGUACAAGGCGGCGCAGUGGACGACCUUCGGGUUUGGAAUGCUCGCCACUGCGCUUGCGCUGAUUUACCUCCGCAACGUGGGUAUCAUUGGCGCAUCUCAUAAGAAGAAGGGCAAAACCGCACCCGAGGCACCUGCCGCGGACGGCAGCGACGCCGAGAAAGCGCAUGCAUAG